AUGGGGGAUGCUCCACAUAUCGGAAAAGUCCACGCCAUAGUUAACCGCAUCUGGUCCUUCCCGGAUAGAUCAGCAAAGAUAGAUGCUCACUUCAUCAGUCCACGCACGGUUCUCUUCCGCAUUGAUAAUCAGCACCUAAAGGAGAGAGUCCUGAAGAGAACUUUCUGGCAUAUCGCGGAUAUACCUAUUGUGGUACGAGAAUGGUGUCCUAAAACUGCCUCCGCGCCACCUGAUCUUACGGCUAUUCCGCUUUUGGUGGAUCUCCAAGGGGUCCCGGACCACCUGUUCUCCGACACUGGUCUUACCUUCUUUGGGGACACAAUUGGCCGUACCGUCAAGUUACAUCCGAAUACGAAACGAUGCGUCCGUCUAGACGUUGCGCGCUUACUCGUGGUUAUGAACCUAGAGGAACCACUACCAUCGAGUAUAAAUGUCAGGGAAUCUGGAGAGACUAUCACUGUCAGUUACCCGUGGUUACCCCCACGAUGCCUUGGAUGCCAGAUAUGGAGUCACACUGACAAAACAUGCUCCAAAAAUAAGCAGAUGAAAGAUAAAACAGAAGGUGCAAAGGAAAAAGAAAAGGAACCCGCGGGUUCUGGUACGGAGGCUCCUCAGGCCAAUUCCGUAAAGGAAACCGAGGUCUCAAAGAGUAUUGACAUUGACAAACUUCUACAAGAGGUGGAGAACGUGGAACAGAUGGAAACUACAACCCCUACAAAACAUACCGAAGAAGACGGUGACGUUUGCGUAUCGGACAAGGAAGUGGGAAAUAAUGAGGUUUCUGAGAAUGAAGAACCAUGGCUUGUGGUCCCACAGAGUUCGCCUUCUGGGAGUUGGAAUCUUGCAAAGUCGGGAACAAGUAUGGAGCCCGAAGUUCAAAGCAAAACCUCACCGUCCCGAUUCCAUUUGCUCCGCAAGGAACUUGAGGAGGGUGAAAUGGAAGAAGAAGACGAAAGUACGAGCUCUGAUGGGGAAAGCUCAAUAGAAUUAAAGGAAACCUUUGAGAAGAUGAAGCAAUUGGAGAAGCAAAAGUCUGAAAGUGGGGAGCAAUUUUUGCGCUCAUGUGUUUAUGCCUCCAACUUUGCUGUGGACAGACAGCACCUCUGGAGUGAAUUGGCUUACAUCAAGGCACAAUAUGUACUAACUGGAGUCCCAUGGAUUGUGAUGGGUGACUUCAACGAAACGCUAGCUUCCUCAGAGCACUCAAGGGGAACUCUAUCAAACGCAAGUCUGAGGGGGAUGCAAGCUUUCCAGUCCGCGGUUGCACACUGCAACCUCACCGAUCUCACUUCUAUUGGUCCUACAUUCACAUGGACCAAUAAGCAAAAAUAG